UUGGUCACCACUUCACCAAUCAACAUGGCAUUCAAGCUUUUCCUCUUCGCCGCCUUCGUGGCUGCCUCCAACGCUGGCGUCGUCCCCGUCGCCCCCGUAGCCUACCACGCCCCCGCCUACGCUCCUGCUGCAUACGCCGCCCCCGCCUACGCCCCCGCUGCCUACGCCGCCCCCGCCUACCACGCCCCCAUUGUUGCUAAGGCCGUCGCUCCCGUCGUUGCCGCCCCCGCUUACGCCGCUAAGGUCGAUGAGUACGACCCCCAUCCUUCUUACAGCUACGCCUACGACAUCAAGGACGCUCUGACCGGAGACUCCAAGAGCCAGCACGAGAGCCGCGACGGAGACGUUGUCCAGGGAUCCUACAGCCUGGUCGAGCCUGACGGUUCCGUCCGUACCGUCGACUACACCGCUGACCCCGUCAACGGAUUCAACGCCGUCGUCCACAAGACCGCUGGAGUCGUCGCCGCCCCCGUCGCCAAGGCUUACGCCACCCCUGUUGUCGCUAAGGUCGCUGCCCCCUUGGCCUACGCUGCCCCCGCCUACCACGCCCCCGCCUACGCUCCUGCUGCCUACGCCGCCCCCGCCUACCACGCCCCCGUCGUCAAGACUGUCGCCCCCGCCUACUACGGUUAACUUCCUUCUUCGAGAAUGCCAUGAUCUGCGCAACACCACGCAGAGUGUCUAGUCUCUCUCAAAAUUUAAUUUAUUGAAACUUCCUCAAUAAAAAUAGCAAAACAAUAAUGAAA